AGGCCCAAGUGAAAUGCAAGGAGCCGCCAUCAUGAUGUUUGUUCGUUUGCUUUAGAAUUCAAGAGUAACACAUUUGUAAAUGCAAUAACAAGACUUAACUACCACAGGCUGCAGCUCAAUUAGGCGCACAAUCUCCUCAGCCUCAAACACUUCAGUCUGCUGCACAGUCUAAAGAACAAGCCUCAACCUAUAGUGUGUCUCAAGCAACACUGCAGGCCAGGCAACUGUCAGCUGCAGCUGAACAAAGGCGGCUCUUUGGGCAUGGAUUUGACAGACGGCCGAACUCCUCUACCAAGUCAUCUAAGGGGAAGCAUGUAAAAUCAUGCAUGCUCAAAUUUGUUUGCCUAGCAUCCAAAGAUGCAGACCAUCCACCAACAACUGUGAAGCAAAGGACAGUUUUGUCCAAUGCUGGGUUGGGAGAUGGAAGCAUCUCCUUUCCCCAAGAUGGCACAUCAGUUUAUGGAGGGAUCAUGGACAAGUAUCCCAAAUUAAAGUCAGUYGGAGGAUUUGACCUCCUACUUUACCAGAGGGGUGGUGGAGAGGAUAGCGGCUUCCACCAAAUCUUGCCACCCCACACCCCAGAACACCUUAAGGAGCUCUGUGGGCAGGCAAAAAUUUACAUUAGACCAGUCCAGCAAGAUAUUGCCUUGGAUGAUGCAGCAAAACUAGAUACAGAGAAGAUUCAAAACGACAUUCCACUGAUUGAAUGCUUUACAUGUGGAGAUCACAUUCCCAUGACAGAGAUACAUACUCAUAAAGAAUCACACCAGCAAGUUGCCAAGCCCAUACAGGAAAAACAAACAACCAUGGAGAUGUUUGACUCAGACAUAGUUGUAAGUAAUUCUCCAAGUACAAGUGCAAUGGCAGGGUCUUUAUCAAGUAAACCCAGCACAAGUACCACAUCUUCUACAAACUCUCCAUCUGCACCUGCCACAGAAACCUGUGCAUCUACAUUUAAUGAGAAUGAUAUACAGAAUGUCAAUGUCUUAUCUGAAAUUUGUCCUAAUGCAUCCACUAUAGAGAUACGAAGAGCACUGAACUCUUCAAAUGGAAACAUUCAUGAAGCUGCUCAGCARCUGUUAGGYGUAGAGCCCAUUACUAUUGAUGAUUUGGAUGACCCUGCUAGUGAUGCUGAUUUAUUAACACCGGCUUUGGAAUGCACUACAUCUCCUGAGAAAGCUCUUCAUCUUUUUCAAAAGCAAACCGUCAUUGCUACACCAAAAGAGCGUAUAUUCCUAUCCAGGUUAGAUGGCAUAACUGAGAUGAAGAGAGAAAUAAUGGGAAUAUACAAAAAUCCACAGACAAACCUGCAUAGAGCUCCCAGAGUAUGCUUUGAAGAGGAAGAUGGCGUUGGCUGUGGACCCGUGAGGGAGUUCUUCAGCAAUGUCAUUAAGAUCAUUGAAGAAGGAAUAUCGUCAUCAUCAUCAAAACCACUUAUGUUCCUAGAGGGGGAAACUGAUCAUCGCCUCCCAAUACAUGAUCAGUCUCUUCGUGCUAUUGGGGCUUUUAAGGCUGUUGGAAGGAUGAUAAGUCACUCUGUCCUGCAUGGUGGGCCAUUUGUAUAUGGGUUAUCUCCUGUGGUGAAGCAAUAUCUCUCAACAGAAGCUAAUGACAAACAGCUGUCUUUGACACUAGCUAUUGAAGACAUACCAGACAUUGAAUUGAGACAACUAAUAUCAGAACUUGAUGAACUGCCUUUGGACCAGAAUGUAAGUCCAGAGCAAAGACUUGCCAUUCAGCCUUACUUGUUUGAGGCUGGUUUAGACCCAGAUGAAUUAAACCAGAAGAGGAAGUUCCUACUGGAUGGUCUGAUGACCUACAAUGUCAUAGACAAGAGACGCCUUGAGCUAGACGACAUCAUAAAAGAUGGCGCUAAGCUAGUAGACCUGGUAUGUUUCUGGACUGCAGGUGGCUUGCAAGUUUCAAAUGGACAGCUGUUGGUCAAGUUUGAUGGUGGAGCAAACAACCUUCCAUUGUCAGAAACCUGCUUUAAAUCUAUCAUACUUCCGACAAAACAUGAAGAAUAUUCUUCUUUCAAAAAAAACAUGGACAUUGCUUUGAAAUAUGGGUCCAAGGGCUUCAGUUUUCACUGAUGGCAUGACAAUAAAAUUGGUAUAAGGAUUUUCUGUUGCCAAGUUGUCAGCAAAAGUGGUCUUGUGCAUGAUGCAUAUAUAUCUGUUGUUAAAGUUUAUAUACGUUUUACAGUAUUUUUUAAUACAUUUGUAAUUGAUUUUUGUAAUUACAGUUGGUAAAAUUUUACAUUUCCAAGCUAACCAUUAUGGUUUGAGUGUUAAGAUUUAUUGUUUCAGUUACAGAUCUAGAUAUAUCACAGUUUUUGCAAUGAGACACAAUGUCACCAAUAUAUACACCAAAUUGCAAGAAUGUUGCCAUACAAAAAUUUAAAAAAUUGCAAUUUUGAUGCAACUAUUUUUUAAAACUGUUUUCAAGCUAUGGACUUUGUUUUUAAAUAACUAAGCAGUUUCUAUUGUACUUAUGGGGAUUUAGAUUAAAACAUUCUUGCAAUGUCAGGUGUAUGACAAGGACAUGUACUAUAUAUAUUAUGUCAGUGUAAAGGACUGCGGUUGUCCCAUGGUGCAAUUAUGUGUAAAACUAGAAACUGAUAAAAGAUUAUUGAAUUCUUAGAUGAUGAAUAUAUAUACAUGCUUACAUACUUUAUUUACAGUGGAAAAUACACUUGGCUAUGUUACCUAACCUGUGAAAUACAAAUUACUUCUGUUGUUGUGUAAUAGUCAACUU